UCUAAUUUUAAUGCUCCUGUCGUGAGGGUGGGUAGAAAUAAAGCUGCUUCCCCUUGCUGUGGGUGUGAGGCAGCCCUAAUUCUUCUCCAGGUGUGUAUCUAGGGAAGAUCAAGCAGCUGAAAAGUGGAAUAGCAAGCAGGCGUGGUGAAGGGAUUGCUGUAGCUGACCUGUCAAAUCAGAGAGAUGGGUAGAAAAGGUUCCUCCGAUUAGCCGAUUGGAAAGGAACAGGAGAGGAGAUUGAUCGUUGCAGAUACUGAGAAAACGGAGGCUAGAAGAUGCUCUAAGAAGGUACCAAGAAAUCAGCUCUAGACAACCAGGAAGAUGAGCAACGAAACUACCCCUGAGGCCAUCUCUUCCCCACCACCGCCUGGGCAGCGAUACUUUGACAGAUUCUCUGAAGAUGACCCCGAGUACCUACGGAUCCGGAACAUGGCGGCAGACCUCCGGCAGGACUUCAACAUGAUGGAGCAGAAGAAACGGGUCACCAUGAUCCUGCAGAGUCCGUCUUUCAGGGAGGAGCUCGAGAGCCUUAUCCAAGAGCAGAUGAAGAAAGGGAACAACUCUUCCAACAUCUGGGCCCUCCGGCAGAUCGCAGACUUCAUGGCCAGUACUGCUCCUUCUGUCUUCCCCACGUCUCCACUCAAUCUGUCCACAGUGACACCCAUCAAUGACCUCCAUGGCACCGACUCCAUGUCCUUAGUGAAAGGAGAGAGGCUCAUGAGGUGCAAGAUCAGCAGCAUCUACCGACUGCUAGACAUCUAUGGCUGGGCCCAGAUCAGCAGCACCUAUGUCACGCUGCGCGUCAGCAAAGAACAGGAUCAUUUCUUGAUCAGCCCCAAAGGCUUUUCCUGUAAUGAAGUCACAGCAUCCAGCCUGGUUAAAGUGAACAUCCUGGGUGAAGUGGUGGAGCAGGGCAGCACCAAUUUUGCAGUGGACACGCGAGGAUUCAGCUUGCACUCAGCCAUUUAUGCGGCCAGACCCGACGUGAGAUGCAUUAUCCACUUGCACACGCCUGUCACCGCUGCAGUGUCUGCCAUGAAAUGUGGUGUCCUGCCUAUAUCUCAUGAUGCAUUGCUGGUGGGCGAUAUGGUGUAUUUUGAUUUCAAUGGUGAGAUGGAAGAAGAGGCAGACAGGAUUGAGUUACAGAAGUGCCUUGGACCAACAUGCAAGAUCCUGGUGCUGCGAAAUCAUGGAGUAAUUGCUUUGGGAGAUACCGUGGAAGAAGCAUUUUAUAAAAUCUUUCACUUGCAGGCAGCUUGUGAGAUACAGGUCUCAGCCUUGUCUAGUGCUGGAGGAGCUGAGAAUCUGAUUGUGCUGGAGCGGGAGAAGUACAGACCCCACGAUAUUGGGUCAGUCCGAUGGGCUGGGAGCAUGUUUGGACCUAUGCAGAAGAGCCGCCUUGGAGAACACGAGUUUGAAGCUCUUAUGAGAAUGCUAGAUAACCUGGGUUAUAGAACAGGCUACGCGUAUCGUUACCCAUUUGUCCAGGAGAAAGCCAAACAUAAAAGUGACGUGCUAAUCCCUGCCACUGUCACAGCGUUCAUCUUUGAUGAGGAGGCUGCUCCCAUCUCCACCCUCCGACAGCAUGCUCAGAAACAACAGAAGGAGAAGACCCGCUGGCUAAACACGCCCAACACUUAUCUUCGGGUCAAUGUUGCUGAUGAGAACCAGGGAAAUGUGGGCACCCAGAGGAGCAAAACCACGUGGAUGAAGGCCGAUGAGGUGGAGAAAGGCAGCAGUGGGACCCCCAUCCGAAUUGAAAACCCCAACCAAUUUGUGCCUCUCUAUACCGACCCACAGGAAGUGCUGGAAAUGAGAAACAAGAUUCGAGAACAGAACCGCCAGGAUGUGAAAUCAGCGGGACCCCAGUCUCAGCUGCUAGCUAGCGUGAUAGCAGAGAAGAGCAGAAGUCCGUCUACAGAGAGUCAGCUGGCUUCCAAAGCAGACAUGGAGACAAAGGAUGGACUCCAGGAGGAGAUACCUGCUGAGCCAGAACCCCCCAACCCAUUCAGCCAGCUAACAGACCAGGAGCUAGAGGAAUACAAGAAAGAAGUGGAAAGAAAGGAACUGGGACUAGACGGUGAGAAAGACACCAGCGUGGAGGAAUCUCUGGCUUCUCCUGGAAAGUCUCCAUCAGCUUCCCCAGUGCAAAGCCCCACAAAGUCUCCAAUCAAGAGCCCACCCCUAUCCCCCACUAAGUCUUCAGAUGGCGAUAAAAAGGCCGACGCCAGCCAGCCGCCCAAUGACACCACCGCUGUUGUCCAAAAGGAACAGCAGGAUGCGGUGGUGGUGAACGGAAAAGAUGAUGACCAAACUGCAGAAGAAAUCCUAAGCAAAGGAAUAAGCCAGAUGACCACUAAUGCAGAUGCUGACACAGACGCCCCUAAGGACAAAACAGAGUCGAUUACCAGUGGCCCCGUGUCCCCAGAAGGCUCGCCAUCCAAAUCUCCCUCCAAGAAGAAGAAGAAAUUCCGGACCCCCUCCUUCCUGAAAAAGAGCAAAAAGAAGGAGAAGGCUGAAUCUUGAUUCCGCUCCGGGCCCCUUCCUCCUGCUCCUCCCCACCUACUCCCCUACCCACCAAGGUCACCGGAGCAGUAGAGGGAGCUCCUAACCACAGCUAACAACUGCCUCACUUCGGAUGGUUUGUGCUGAGGUAGAACCAGGCACUGAGAGACUCAGAAAGACUCUUGUGUAAUGCACAUGGAGACAAAACCUAUGCUUUGGAGGAAAUGCGGUGAAUUUUCUGGGUGCUCAUGGAGCAAGAUGUACCAUUCCCCAUUAACCUGCUGUUGACCGCUUUUUGAGGAAGUAACCAAGCUUAAAAAUGACUGUGGACCUGAUUUCUCUGCUUGAUGAGCUAGUCACAAAUUAUUUCACAAACGAUAAAUCUACUCUCUUUUUUCCCUCCCCCCAGUUCCACCUUGUCACAGCACUUAUAAUCCAAGUCGUUUCAGGUUGCGUGGGCUGAGGUCUUCCCACACGCUGCUUUCUUCACAGCACAGGUGGCCACCUUUAGAAACAGUUUUGUGUGCAGAGUUGAGAACACACCUCAUGACACAUGAUGGCACAGCCAGGAUGCACUGGAUUGAUUGGCCAAUUUUUUUCCAAGCCUUCCAAGCAGUCCCAGCUAGUCACAUGGCUGCGCUUGGUUGUGUAACUCAAAGGGUGACAGUACAAUUUCAUCCAAAUCAAAAGUGGGCAGGAUUGAUCUCCAGAGAAGCAAAGGGCAGGGGAUGAGCCCGUGACCUUUUGCUUCCUGGAUGGCAAUCUUCCGAUGAAGCCGACAAGCCAUUUUCAAAGUUUUUUUCUGCGUGGAGUGGUGACAAGAUAUCUUAGGUUUUGUUUGCUGCAGCAUGGAAUGAAAUAGGAAAUUAGGCCACUUGGAAAGGAGUAUUGACUUCUGGGGUAUAUGGAGGUCCCUGCCCAACAACAUCAAGCAAGCUUUUGUGUCCUGCCAUAAAGACCGUGGUGGAAACGGAGAGGGAGAAUGCCUUGAGAAACCAUCUGUUCUGUUUAAAACCAAGGAAACUACAGUCACUAAGUGCUACUUUGUCAGUUUGGCAUAAACUCACGCUGCCAAUCCCCCUCCUGUGAUAGCUGCUGCAGAACCGAAAAGCAUCACAAAAGGAGAAGCCUGUAGAAAAUGUGACUUUGCUCUUCCUCGCUGCAGUGCUAAUUAAUGACAACCUUGUCACACUUGGAUGGGGUUGUGACAUGGAGACUUGUUAGUGCUUUUCAUUGCAUUCACUGAUUUGGCCUGUGCUAUUCCAACCUGGUGCACUGUAGGAAGCCUCUUGGCUUGGAAGAGAAGACCAGGUUUAUUUAGUAUUUAAAAUGCUGGGGAUGCCUGAUGUGCUAAGUGCUGUACCAACACAGAACAAAAGAUCUGCCCCUAAACAAAUGAGUCACGCCCCGCUUCCCACAUCCAAACACACUUCCACUUUCUGAAUUCGUCACAGGAGAUGGAGAAGGCAUCUUUAACACCCUCCCCCCACUCCCAUUCAAGGCAACUACUCCAGUUUACUAAACUGCAGGACACUGUGUUCAAUAACAAGGUUCUUAUGAUAUUAAACAGCCAAAGCCAAAGUCCAGCUUGCAGGUUCAAAUGUGCUAGAUAUGUUUUUACCUUAGCUAAAAAAUAACACAAAAUCAAUAUACACCGCCACUCCUUUCAUUUGUGUGUUUUGGUUCUACACUGAAAUGUCAUGCUGGAUAUUGGCUUUAAUGUCAAUGCCAAUUAAAGGUCUGAUUUUCAGCCCUCGUACACUGAACUACCAUUGAAAUUAAUGGGAAUUUGGCCUGUACAGGAAGGCAAAACUGGGGUACAGUAGCCCACCUUUCACAGCAACCUUGGUUAUAGAUAUUAUUGUUAAGUUAUAUGAGCAUUAUAAAGCUGGUCACCAACUGAGAUCAGGGAGAAACUCUUCUUGGAGCUCCCAUGGGAAAGUACUGAAUUAGGUACAAUUAAAGGGUAUUUAUUCCUUCCUCUCAAAUAUCUGACAUUGUCCCCUAUUGGAGAUGGACUCCUCAUCCACACAGAUCAUUAAUCUAUUAUGGUUACGUUCCUAUGAAACAUCAAGAUUUUAUGUUCAGCACUGGUUAUGGAUGAGUUUGCAUGGAAAUGCAGAAAGGCCUGAAUGACUAAACCCGAGUUGCAUGUAGGCUGCCUUCAAAGCCACAGGGAGUUUUCCUGUGCCCCACAAACGUUUUACAAGCUUCUGCUAAAAUAGCAUGAAAGGGGCCUUACCCAAAUUCCCAGAUCUGAACAUUGUAGAGUGCCAGUGAAGCCUGGAUCUGAACCCUUCUUUUAUACCUCAAGACAAACUCAGAUAAUAGCCCUUGGGCUUGACCUUAAGCUGGAACUGAAAUUGUGUUGCUAAAUAUUAAGUAUUGAAGAGACCUGUGUCUUCCUAACCAAUGCCUCGUACAUUCAUGUUAGCCUCUGAACACCCACUGCACCUAUGGAAACUCUGAUUCUGCUAUCUUUCCAAUGAUUUUCAAGGCUGUUGGAACUUGCUGUGGCAUCAGCAUUGAAGAGCAGAAUAGAUGUCAAUGACAGUGGGAGCUGUGGGUGCUGAGAACUGUUCAGAAUGAGCCAUAUGAUGAGGCACAGAGAAGGUUUCAUUUCCAGACACAAACAUGAAGAAGCCUAACGCACCACUUUCCUUAGUACAUAACAAGACCCACGUCAGCGAGGAAGGGCCAGAGCUUCUGCUGCCUUUUAGUUUCACUGUUCUGAAAAGAUGCACUCAAGUUAAUAGGGAACAAUGACCCCCUGCAAUUACACGCUAUUCACUUACUGGUUUUUCAUUUAUAAGUUUACAUCUGCCCGCAAUAACACUUGCACCAUGUAAUCUGCCAGGCAUAAAUAACCAUGUAAUUAUCUUGAACUAUACCCCUAAUUAUCACUGCAAUUACAGAACUGAUCUAUGGUUAUUUGUUUCCUGAAAGGCGGGAGUGCAGAUCUCAGUGUGAAGCAAUGGCAGCAAUGCUUUAGGUCUCAUUUUGUCAUUGCAACCUCACCUGAGUCUUAGAGAAGGUGGUUCCUGAGUCAGGAGCAGCAUGGUGCUGUUGUGUCCCCAGACCUAUCUGAGUCCCAGAUGAAUCCCUGUUUCCUCUGUGGAACGGGGAAAGAAGACUUCUGUCCUACUGUUCAGGCAGCUUGCUUCUCUCUGCACGCUGAUUCAGCUAUGCUGCCUGCUUCACUCACUCCCUGCCCACCUGCAUUAGCAAGGAAGGAGCAGCCUGGUGGUGGCUGCAUCCCCAUAGUACAUGGCCUGGGUAUGCAAUUGCAAUAUCUAGGGCUAUCAGGGACCUUACACUGACAGGCAGCCAGGCUCAGGAUGCUAACUGGCAGGGCAUGGAGGGCUGCUGUAUUAAGAUGGGGAGAGCUUGUUUAAGUCCUCCCUUAGUCUGAAGUUCUUAUUUGCAAGUUCACACCCACGGUUAUUCAGUGAUUUGAGCAGCCACCCAGAAACGUGCUGUAACAGUUGCAGAGGACUUUUCACCCCAGGUAGUUUAGUAUACUCUGCUCCCUGGACUCCAAGGAUUUUGUUCUCACUCUUACAUUCACAGCCAGAGGCCUGCACCAUGAACCAUCCCAAAUAGGCCCCUCCUUUGUCUUGUCUUAAGCCAGUAUUUUAAAGUAGACCCAAUGCUUCCUGUUCAAAUUUGUUUGCUAGAUUUAUUAUUAUUUUUUAAUAAAAACCCUGGGCCCAAUUCAGCACUGGAAUAAGCAGGUGCAAAACAUGCCCAUCACUGUCUUACCUGAUUCUCCCCUUACCAGUGCUGUGUGAUGCUGUUGAAGCUUACGGAGUUAUUCAAACCAAAGGAAGGUAUGAAUCCAGCACCCACUAAAGUCAGUGAUUCACAGCAGGAACUCAGCAGAGGGCAGGGUGAAGCCCACUGUAUUUGCUGAGAUAUGCAUUCACUCACAAGAGGCUUGGUCCCAUCUGUGGUAGGCAGCUAAGUUUGCUGAUGCCUUGCAACAUGUCACUCCCAACAGGUUUUGGUCCAGAAGCCCACUCUAUUUAUCUUUGUCUCUAUAAAGUAUCAUGGCAUUGACCUCACACAUGUUAAAUGCCAAAUAGGACAGGAAAAUAAAUGUGUGUCACCUGGGAUUGUAGUUGCACGAUGGUACAUGCAUUGGCACAGCUUGAUUCGGAGAUAAAAUCCAGGCGUUUUCUGAACUUUUGGGGCCUGUGACCCCGCUCCUAGGUUUAUGACACCACUCCCAGUCAGCGUGCAACCUCUUAUCUUCCCAAUUGCACUUCUAUGGGGCUCGUGACCUCACUUGUAUGUGCCAUGACCCUGAUUGGGGUUGUGAUCCUCAGCUUGGGAAUUACUGAUCUAGACGCCAGCUGUGCUGUGGAAACAUGUCACAGGAAAUCAGUGCUCUCCCACACACAACCAUGCAAGUCCUAGGUAAGAGCAACUCUGCAAAGAAAUCAUUGCAGGGGGAAUGGUGCAAUGAGAAAAAUGGCAGCAGCAGGGUGGCUACCGCAAUGGAAACAGGUGACAGCUUAUAGCAGUGGAUAUCCCAAAUGGCAUCAGAUUUCCCUUUCUGAUUGAUGGGUGAGCCUGCCUCCAUCCUUCUGGUUUGAAAAUGCAGCUCUUUAUGCUUUGCCUCUCACAGCAGAUGGGCUGAGGGCAACAAUUCACUCGCAUGUGGAGGAGCCCAGGGGAGCCUGCCCAGUGUACAAAUGAUAACCAAACUAAGUAUGGUACAAUGUUCUAUAUAGCAGUUGGGCUGUUAAAGUGAACUGUCUGUGUCUGACAAUCGUUGCUUGAAAGUGCUCUAUCAUGUCUCCGUCUGUAAAUAUGACCCUGUGUUUGGCCUUUUGCUAGUAUUGUGAAGUUUACCGUUGGGUUCUGGUGUAAAUAACUUUCUUGCUACCUAGGCUCUGGUAACCUGUAUCUGUGCAUUACUACUUGAAAGCCUCUAUUUUUUUGCUGUGGGUCUACUCUUUUCUCCACACAUGGGGACAUCCAGAUUUUGGGUUUCCAUUGCCGUUUUCGAGUUAUCUUUUCUUUUCUUUUUACUCUGUAUCAGUUUUGGCUUGUAACCUUCGGGUGCCCGUCCCGCUGGCUUCACACAGACCCUCCCAGCGGGACCUGGGAGACUUUUGGCCCCGCGGGGUGGGAGUCCUGCUAGGAUUGCAUGUCCCUGCAUCCAGACAACUGUAUUACGCUCUUCGUGGCUGAGUGGAUAUUCCUGUAUCGAAGCAACCCUGGGGCCAAGCUCUCUCUGGGGGCCAAGCGAGCUGCCCCCAGGGUCAGGACCAGAGGCUUGUUGUCCCCUUGCUAUCCCCCUUUUGAGAACAGCAGCAAACAGAAUAAACUUUCACGGUAACACUC